AUGCUUCUCUCAUCACGAACUUCUCCUCGGCUCAGUUUGCGUAAAUCUGGAGGGUAUGAUCCAAACGACCGAGGACCGUCGUCAUCUACUUCUUCUAGAUUUAGCUUCAACCAUUUGAUCAAAUCGCCCCCGCCUUCACCAAGUCUUCCGGCUUUAGUUCCAAGGCACGGUAAGCCGGCGCCAUCACGGACUCCUCGAAAGUGGUUCAGAGGGUUCUUAUGGGUUUCUGGCAUAUUGGGGUUACUUUACUUUGGCUUUACCUCGACAUGGCUAGAAAGGCCCAUGACGGCAGUAGGGUGGGCAACAGAUUCUGGUAAUCAGUAUGAGAUGGUUGGAGAAUCAGAAUUGCCGGACUUUCCAACACCAGUUAUCGUAACAGAUAAACGCGGACGAUCGAAAUGGACGGUUUCCAUACCUCCCAAUCACGAAUUUCCUCUCACUCCCAUACAAUAUGCCGAUAUAUGCGCGCAAAAUAUGGAAGUCGCUGCCACUGUUGCAGAUCUUCAUAGCCACGUGCACCGAGAGCAUUUCGCACAUUAUGAUUACUACCACGUGGACCAAAACUUCAUGGACGUUGCGGAGGCGGAGGCACAUGGACUUUUGCCCGGAAUUAAGGCGAAGAACAAUGUAUUGAGGGAAAAAGAUGGUUCAUUGGUGGGCGAAAAUAAGGACGGCUUGAUUGAUUCAGAUAUCUGUGACAAGACUCUGACUUUUGUGCUCGAAACGUCGGAUGCGGGACUCGGAAAGGGCUUGAUGAUGCUGUGGACUGCGUUCGGUUUGGCUCAAAAGGAAGGAAGACAUUUCUUCGGCAUACGGCAAAUACACAACAUUCUUCAAGCCACCUCCGACUCCCAAAUGCAGACCCCCACCACGCCACGAAAUGCUCCCAUGCCCGCAUCAUGCUCGCCAUCUGGUAGUCUCGGCUGCGACCGCAACUCACAUCUUGGAGGAUCUUUCAACGAUUAUUUUGAAGACGCGAAAAAGAUGGAAGUCUACCGACAAAAGCCUAUCUUUGAAAUGGCUCGACUCGGGUACGAAGCCCUUUUCCACCUAUCCGACGAUGACAAUAAAUACGUGGACAGCAGAGCCGGAGAAUUCUCGGCGAAGUCCAAACUAGACCCAUCAAAUCAACAAGACGGGAUGGUCAUUGGUAUACAUGUUCGUCACGGGGACAGAAGGCCAUAUGAAUUCCAAUACAAAGACAGCUAUAUUCCAUUGACAGUGUAUAGCGACAAAGCACACAUGUUGAUAAACGAGAAGUUCAAUCACUCACUUCCGAAUGGGGAGCACGACACUUUGGCCAAAAUGGCUAGUGCAUUGGUCAUUGCCUCUGAUGACCCAGAUGUUUAUGAUUCUGAAGAAUUCAAAGACGUCUCUAGAGCGCAGGAGCAGAUUCGACUAGCAUCCAAAAAUGCCCUUGAUGCAGCCGCUCCUAAACCUAACACUCCAGGGCCAAGAAAAUUCGUAGAUGAUACCGUAGGAUGGGAAGGGGGAUUCUAUGCUGGCAUGUUCUGGAGUUUAGGCAAACCUUCGGGAACUCCGAAAACUGCUGUCGAAACCCCUGAUACAACAUUACCACCUACUACAGAAGCUUUACGAUUGAGAGAAUUGGUCGGAAGAGCUUAUUUGAUGGAUUUGGCGGUGUUGGGAAAAGCGAGUGACAAGAUUGUCUGUACAGUCAGUGCCACGGGCUGCAGGCUUCUUGCCGUGAUGAUGGGAUGGGAGAAGGCGAUUGAUCAAGGGGGAUUCGUCAAUGUGGAUGGAAACUUCAACUGGAGAGGUGUGGAAUGGUGA